AUGACUGGUAAUCAAGAACUUCGAUCUGACAUAGAUUUGGCUUAUUGUCAAUUCAUGUCCAUAAAAGCCAUACUGAUAGAAAUUUAUCAGAUUACGCAUCCUACUGUGUUGAUUGAGAACACAAAUGGUACUGAAUUUGUGGCAAUUGCUAUUCCUUAUGGAACAACUCCCUUUUGA